AUGCUACUCGUCAACCAGAGCGCGACGCUGCUGCGCGCCGGCGGCGCAAAGCUCGGUACACUCAACGGCUUCGCGCAGAUGAGCUCGUCGGUGAUGCGCGCGCUCGACCCCGUUCUCUGGUGGUUCUUUCUGCCGGUUGAGUCGGUGCCGUCUCGUGAACACAAGCGCGACACCAGCUCCUCGUUUGACUCGCAGCACGAACGCGAGCACGAAAACUCGCCGUCGCUCUCGCUUUCGCGCUCGCAGAAGAUCGAGGCAGUGGGUGGGUCCAACGACGUUGUGUUCAGUACCCUGUCCAUCGAGAGGCAGUCGCCUUUCGAGCGCGAGGAGCAGAGCGCAUCCAACAAGCGCCUCUCUUCGCCAAAGCGACGCCAACAUCUGCGUCUGUAUCACGUCAGCGCCAGCAGAAGCAGGGGACGCGCUGGGCCCAAGUCAGUCUUGCCGCUGCUGACGGCGCUCGACCUGCCACUGACGGAUAAUUCCAUCACGGGCACCGGCUGCGCCCCUUUUUUGCCGGGGCUCGACGUCCUCGAGCUGUCGUCUGAUUCAGGGUCGGAGUCAGAUGGAGAAUCCGAGGCUGGCGCGGAUGCCACUGCUCCGCGCCGGUCGUAUUCGCUGCCGACAGGCCCUCACGGCUCGGUGGCCUUCGUCCUUGGUCGUGCCGAGUCGGACAUGAUCAGCAGCCAACAGUAG